CCGAGAGAGUUCAGAGAGAGCUAGAGAGAGUGGGUGAGAGAGCUAGAGGGAGUGCGAGAGAGAGAGAGAAGCGAAGUAAGUGGAGAGGGUUGCCGCUGCGCACAAACAGAGAUUUGAUCUGUGAGUUCGGUGCUAGUCAGUUUGCACUAAGCCACCUACUGCAAACAAGGCUGCGUCUAAACAUAUACCUCUACAACUUGUUGAAUCGGCUUAAUAAUAUAGAAACUUUGUCAGGGAAAAGUUGAGGAACUUUGAGUGGGACUGGAUACGACCUUGGAUCUAUUUAUGACAACAUUCAAGUGAAACAUUAUUUUUUGAAUGUAUGUUUUGAACAAGUUUAUUUUAUUUAUUACCCGGGCAAAUUCACAUUAAUGUGAAUCCCUGCCAAAUAAUCGCAUUUGAAUAGACUGAAAAUAACAUCAACAUAGGGGGAACAACAUAUUUUUUAAAUACAUUUUUAUUUUUCAUCUCCAGGUGAACGAAGGUAACGAAGAAAACUGUGGAUUAAACAAAGCAGGAAUUCGGACAGAUUUUUUUUCUUACUUGACUUGUAUCGGUUCACUUCGGUGUGUAUGAACGUUUGCUAAAAAGCUAUGGAAGUAUCCGCGGACCAACCUCGAUGGAUGAGCCAUCACCACCCAUCGGUGCUAAACGAACAGCAUCCCGGUUCCCACCACCCGGGCCUCGGCCACUCGUACAUGGACCCCUCGCAGUAUCCCCUCGCCGAAGAUGUGGAUGUACUGUUUAAUAUCGACUCACAGGGCAACCACGUAUCUCCAUACUAUGGGAACUCAGUCCGAGCCGUCCAGAGGUACCCACCUCCUCCACAUAGUAGUCAGGUGUGUCGCCCCUCUCUACUGCACGGCUCUCUGCCGUGGCUGGACGGAAGCAAAGCAAUGCAGCACCACAGUACUUCCCCAUGGAACCUGAGUCCUUUCCAAAAGAGCUCACUGCACCACGGUUCCCCGGCAGGUCUCUCCGUCUACCCCCGGCGUCCUCCUCCUCCCCUGUCCGGGGGCCACUCCAGCCCGCACCUCUUCACCUUUCCCCCCACUCCUCCGAAAGACGUGUCCCCUGACCCAGGCAUCUCCACUCCGGGCUCAAGCAGCAACAGUCGCCAACAGGAGGAAAAAGAGUGCAUAAAGUACCAGGUGUCCCUGGCCGAGAGCAUGAAACUGGAGUCUCACAGCCGGAGCAUGGCAUCAAUCGGAGCGCAAUCCUCCGCCCACCAUCAUCACCCCAUCGCCACAUACCCAUCCUAUGUCCCCGAAUACGGCCCAGGCCUCUUCCCACCAAGUAGCCUGAUAGGUGGGUCAUCUUCUAGUUAUGGUUCCAAAACAAGACCAAAAACAAGGUCAUGUUCAGAAGGUAGAGAGUGCGUUAACUGUGGAGCUACGUCGACCCCGCUCUGGAGGCGGGAUGGCACUGGUCACUAUUUGUGUAACGCCUGCGGACUCUAUCACAAGAUGAACGGGCAGAAUCGGCCCCUCAUCAAACCCAAGCGACGACUGUCUGCAGCAAGACGGGCAGGAACAUCAUGUGCAAACUGUCAAACAAGCACGACAACACUGUGGCGAAGAAACGCCAACGGGGACCCGGUGUGUAACGCUUGCGGUCUAUACUACAAACUGCACAAUAUCAACCGACCUCUCACCAUGAAGAAGGAGGGCAUCCAGACCAGGAACAGGAAGAUGUCCAGCAAGUCGAAGAAGAGCAAAAAGUCCCACGACAGCAUGGACGACUUCUCCAAGAGCCUGAUGGAGAAGAGCAGCUCGUUCAGCCCCGCCGCUCUGUCCCGCCACAUGUCCUCCUUCCCCCCCUUCUCACACUCCGGCCACAUGCUGUCCACCCCCACACCCAUGCACCCCUCCUCCUUCGCCCCCCACCCCCACUCCAGUAUGGUCUCUGCCAUGGGCUAGAAGACCCCAAUGGUACCACCCACCUCCAAAAAUGCCUCAAUCAACAACUAACCCCCCCAUCCUCUUACCCUCAGUUCUCUUAGCUUACCUGAAUUCCAAGCUGAAAGACAACCAAACUGAUCUCUGCUACCCAUAACCAACCGCUCUGCUCCAUCACCAAGCCGCCUAUGAUCUGACCUCGUGUGAGGGAGACAGGCUCUAUGGGUCCUUGCUUUUGUUCAGUUGUAUCUUUUUUCAUCUUUAUCAAGUGUAUCUACUGCGAUACUCAAAGCCUGGCAGACUGACUCAAUGACUGUGGUUUUCUGACUCCUGGGGAGACCAUUGUUGUUCUCCGACCUGGGAGAAAAGAUCCUGAAGCUUCACCCACUCACUGACUGUGUCAUCCCAGCUGAUAACCCCCAAUCCGGAAUCCCAUUUGUGUGCAAAAUGCCAUUAUUCAUGGAAAAAGCAAAGAUUAUAAACAAUCAUUACAAAAGCUAUAACUUUUAUGAUGCCCCAGAUUAUAAACAAUCAUUACAAAAGCUACAACUUUUAUGAUGCCCCCCCCCACUCCCCUUCUCACCCUGCUUCACACACCUGUAUGACAGGUGCCCCCCCAGCCCCCCCCCGAGCUGUGAGAAGACGAGAGGAGAUGAACUUUGAAUAUAUUUGUACAAAUUGUAUGAAAUACAGUACAUUUAAUGAAGACUUUUUAAUUAAGUAAAAUGCCCCUGGGCAGCUAACGACAGAAGGGUACGAAUCAAGGCAAGAAGAGAGACUGCCGCUGGAGAGUAGAGGAGGAGAGGAUGCCUCUACUUCCUGGAUAGAGGGAUAAGAGGGAGGAAAGGAAAGGACAGAUAAAAGGACAGGCCUUCACUUUCGCCUGCUGGAAAACAUGUUUGAUGCAUUAAGCUUGUAGAGAGUCUAUUGUUCUGACUGCAGGCGUCUCUUUUUUGGAUGUGCUAUAGGUCUCGGGCUGUUGGUUUGUGUUCACAUGCUAGCACAUACACACACAUAUACACACAUCAUACUUUCACAUACACAAACACACACACACUGCCACAUUGGAUCACCUGAAAGACUUUCUUCCGGCCCACAGAUUAUAUGCAUUGUGAAAAAAGUUCCUGUAUUUGUUAUUUGUAUGUAUAAUUCAGAGUACCAAAAAUACGAAAGAAACAAAGAUGUAGAAUUAUUUCUUUAUGUUAUGCAGACUGAAUGGUUGUAAAAAUUUAAUAAUAAUCACUAGUGUAAAAAAUGACUGCUUUUUUGUUUCGUAAUUAUUAUUAUUUUUCUUUGAAAAUAAUAAACUAGAUUAAUCUCUGUUGACAUGUUA